UGUCCUCCCCCAAACCCCUGUCGUGUCUCCCCCACAUCCCGACUGGAUCCCCCUCACCCUCUGCCUCCCCCUCAGACGGAGAUCAUGCGGAAUGAGUUCGAGCGCCUGGCGGCCCGGCAGCCCCUGGAGCUGCUCAGCAUGAAGAGGUACGAGCUGCCAGCCCCGUCCUCGGGGCAGAAGAACGACAUCACGGCGUGGCAGGAGUGUGUGAACAACUCCAUGGCCCAGCUGGAGCACCAGGCCGUGCGCAUCGAGAACCUGGAGCUCAUGUCCCAGCACGGCUGCAACGCCUGGAAGGUGUACAACGAACACCUGGUUCAUAUGAUAGAACAAGCCCAGAAAGAGCUUCAGAAGUUGAGGAAAAACAUCCAAGAUCUGAACUGGCAAAGAAAGAACAUGCAGCUCACAGCUGGGGCCAAGCUACGGGAAAUGGAAUCCACGUGGGUGUCUCUUGUCAGUAAAAAUUACGAGAUCGAACGAACUAUUGUGCAGCUGGAAAAUGAAAUCUCACAGAUCAAACAGCAGCACGGGGAAGCAAACAAGGAGAAUAUCCAGCAAGACUUCCAGUGACUUAAUCCUGACUGUCUCACUGCAGCAUGUGUGAAAAAAACCACAGAACAGAAACUUUGGAGAUGCUGUGUUUUUGGCAGUUGUGUGAGGUUACACAAGUUUCUGUUCUCAUUGUUUCUUUUCCUUGUUUUAAAUUCUAGGAGGAGGUAGAGUGGACUCAAAGUGUCCCGUUUAAAUGACUUAUAGGCACAGUGAAAUGUACUGUGAAUUGUUUUGGUGUUUAUAUACCCAGAGUAGGGGCUCUUCAAACAGCCAGUCCAUGUCUCUGCGUUUUCCCCGUGCCUUUAAUAAAUCUUGGUUUGCUAUU